GUUGUUCCAAACGCAGCCAGGAAAGACGCGGUGCAGGGGCCAAUCAGAGCGCAGCUUUGCUUCGACGACGGCGCAAGGGUGAAACGUCAUCAGUGAGCGUCGACCGCUGCUGGGAAGCUAAUUUCCUAGAAACCAUCGUGCGAGAAGAGAAAAGGCCUCGGGAUGUCUCUGGCCGACGAGCUCCUAGCUGACCUCGAGGAGGCGGCAGAAGAGGAGGAAGGAGGGAGCUACGGGGAGGAAGAGGAGGAGCCGGCGAUCGAGGAUGUGCAGGAGGAGACCCAGCUGGAUCUUUCUGGAGAUUCGGUCAAGAGCAUCGCCAAGCUGUGGGACAGCAAGAUGUUCGCUGAGAUCAUGAUGAAGAUUGAAGAGUAUAUCAGCAAGCAGGCCAAAGCUUCGGAAGUGAUGGGACCGGUGGAGGCGGCCCCCGAGUACCGGGUCAUCGUGGACGCCAACAACCUGACGGUGGAGAUCGAGAACGAGCUGAACAUCAUCCAUAAGUUCAUCCGGGAUAAGUACUCGAAGCGAUUCCCCGAACUGGAGUCUCUGGUCCCCAAUGCGCUGGAUUACAUCCGCACCGUCAAGGAGCUGGGCAACAGCCUGGACAAGUGCAAGAACAACGAGAACCUGCAGCAGAUCCUGACCAACGCCACCAUCAUGGUCGUCAGCGUCACCGCCUCCACCACCCAGGGGCAGCAGCUGUCGGAGGAGGAGCUGGAACGGCUGGAGGAGGCCUGCGACAUGGCGCUGGAGCUCAACGCCUCCAAGCACCGGAUCUACGAGUACGUGGAGUCGCGCAUGUCCUUCAUCGCGCCCAACCUCUCCAUCAUCAUCGGGGCGUCCACCGCCGCCAAGAUCAUGGGGGUGGCCGGCGGCCUGACCAACCUCUCCAAGAUGCCCGCCUGCAACAUCAUGCUGCUCGGGGCCCAGCGCAAGACGCUGUCCGGCUUCUCAUCCACCUCAGUGCUGCCGCACACCGGCUACAUCUACCACAGCGACAUCGUGCAGUCCCUGCCCCCGGAUCUCCGGCGGAAGGCGGCCCGGCUGGUAGCUGCCAAGUGCACGCUGGCAGCCCGAGUGGACAGCUUCCACGAGAGCGCGGAGGGGAAGGUGGGCUACGAGCUGAAGGAUGAGAUCGAGCGCAAGUUCGACAAGUGGCAGGAGCCGCCGCCCGUGAAGCAGGUGAAGCCGCUGCCCGCGCCCCUCGACGGGCAGCGUAAGAAGCGAGGCGGCCGCAGGUACCGCAAGAUGAAGGAGCGGUUGGGGCUGACGGAGAUCCGGAAGCAGGCCAACCGCAUGAGCUUCGGGGAGAUCGAGGAGGACGCCUACCAGGAGGACCUGGGCUUCAGCCUGGGCCACCUGGGCAAGUCGGGCAGCGGGCGGGUGCGGCAGACACAGGUGAACGAGGCCACCAAAGCCAGGAUCUCCAAGACGCUGCAGCGGACCCUGCAGAAGCAGAGCGUGGUGUAUGGCGGGAAGUCCACCAUCCGCGACCGCUCCUCGGGGACUGCUUCCAGCGUGGCCUUCACCCCGCUCCAGGGCCUGGAGAUUGUGAACCCACAAGCAGCAGAGAAGAAGGUGGCUGAGGCCAACCAGAAGUAUUUCUCCAGCAUGGCCGAGUUCCUCAAGGUCAAGGGUGAGAAGAGCGGCAUCAUGUCCACCUGAGGGGCGGCGCCCUGGGCCUUCUCCCGCUGAAGGGACACACAGGCCACACCUCUCUGAAGGGAUCGGGGUCAGGAUGGGGCUGGGAGGUUCCGGCAAGGAGAGCCGCCCCGUGCCGGCCGGUGCUGGGACUGUCCAGCGAGGCUCGGGAGAAGGCCCGGCCCGGGAGCACAGAGAUCGCCGCCCCACUCAAACACACAGCCCGCCUUCAUCAUGCGUCCUUUUUAUUUUAACCGGGAAAGGAAAUACCUUUGGAAUAAGUGCAAUUAAAAGCACGUUAUCAGGA